GUAGAUCUAAUUUCAUUUCUGAAAAUACUUUUCCGCGAAUCUAUUUACCUUGACAAUAUAGCUGUCAACUAAAACAUCAAUGUAAGAAAAACUUAGUAAAAAGUAUAAACUAUAUAUAACAUUACACAUGAUUAUAGGAAUAAAUAAACGAUUGAAGAAAAAAGCUGCUGAUGGCUACUACGCAGUCAAAGACAUCUUCUACAAGGAGUCACCUAUUCGUUACAGCUAUAGAUCUAGGUACAACUUACAGCGGCUGGGCCUAUUCCACACUAAAUGAGCCUGAUAAGGUACAUGCCAACCAAGCAUGGUUCGCCGGAGCGGGUACGCUUGCCUCAUUAAAAACUCCAUCCUGUAUUUUGCUGACGCCAAGGAAAGAGUUCUGCGCAUUCGGCUACGAAGCAGAAACUAAGUUUGUGAGUCUAGCGGAAGAAGAUGAACAUCAUGGGUGGUACUUCUUUCGGAGGUUUAAAAUGGCCUUGUACGAUGACCGCAACUUGAGCCAUCUUUCUACUAUCGAAGACAUAUCAGGAAAGAAACUUCCAGCAUUGGAGAUAUUUGCUCAUGCUAUACGAUAUCUGAAGAACAAGUUCAUGGAAACAAUCGAUAAGAGGAUUCAGGAUGUCCAAGAUACUGAUGUGAACUAUGUCCUUACCGUUCCAGCAAUUUGGGAUGACAUGGCAAAGCGAUUCAUGCGACAAGCAGCAGUUGAGGCUGGAAUUACUAACGACCAACUUACCAUUGCACUAGAACCUGAGGCAGCAUCCAUUUGGUGUCAGGGACUGCAAACAGAGGUUCGGCGUGCCAGCAAUACAACAGAUAUUGGUAUUUCAUCUGUGGGUACAAGAUAUAUGAUUGUGGAUUUAGGAGGAGGAACUGCAGACAUUACUGUUCACGAGAAGAGACCCAGCAACACGCUAUUGGAGAUACAUAAAGCAACAGGAGGCGCAUGGGGUGGGACUGAAGUUGAUAAGAAUUACAUACAACUUCUUGAACGAAUAAUUGGACCGCACGAAUGGAAGAAAUAUGAACAAAAACAGCUAGAAGAUCUAUUUGACAUUCAUAGAGAUUUUGAAACGAAAAAGAGAAAUAUAUCAACUGCUUCUUCAGGUAGAAUCGUUGUCAGAGUUCCUUCGAGUCUGAAAGAAGCUUAUGAAGGAACAGGAAGGUCUGUUUCGGAUGUUAAAGGAAGAUUUAGUGAUACAAUUGAUUGGAAAGGUGACAAAAUCAGGAUAGAUGCGGCUGUAAUGAAAACAUGUUUCAAAGGUCCAGUGAGUAAUGUCAUAACGCAUGUUAAGGAGAUCCUAUCAGAGGCAGAUAUGAGCAAUGUGAACAAGAUAUUGUUAGUAGGAGGUUUUGCUGAAAGUCCAUACGUUCAGGAGACCUUCAAAGAACACUUUAAGGACAAACAAAUUAUUAUACCAUCUGAAUGCGGACUUGCAGUCUUGAAAGGAGCCGUACUCUUCGGACAAAAUCCUACAGUAGUCACAGCAAGAAUCGCACGGUACACAUACGGUAUGGGUAUAGCUGUCCCCUUUGAUCCUAAAAAGCAUUCUGAACAAAAGCUUCUCGACACGGACAGAGGUCCAUUCUGCAAAGAUUCGUUCUGGAAGGCAGUUGAGAUUGGACAGGUGGUGAGAUAUGGACAUGAAGUGUCUAGGAUUGGAAGAGCAACCAAUGAUUACCAAAAACGCAUUAAGCGAACUAUUUUCAAAUCAAAGAACAAAAAUCCCAUGUACACAACAGAUCCAGGAUGUCAAGUAAUUGGUUAUGUUAGAGUUCCAAUGGAUAAAACAUUAAAGGCAAGGGAUAAUGCUGUCGAAGAAAUAUUUACAUUUGGUGGAACAGAGUUGAUGUUUACCUCACAACAUAGGUCUACAGGUGUUACGCGACAGCUUAACUUUGAUCUGUAAAACAGACCGUGGCGUUUUACUUAAACAUACUGUUGCGUUUAGAUCUAUGGAUUUAUGCGUUGGUUAUGUAGACAAAAUGCUGAAUUUGGGGAGUUAAGUUUUAGACUGAAAAUAUUUGAUUAAUUGACCACUGGCAUGAUAUCUAUAUGGAUGAUGGCAGGCAAUUGGGAAAUAAUUAUCUAUCUACACAGUAAAAUGGCAUUUUGUGCGUUUCUGUUUUGUUUGAUCAAUAGAAAAGUCACUGUAGAUUUAAUUUAUAAGGAUUUAUCUAUAACGAAUCUAUUGAUACCCGUAGAUAAUACAUAAUCCAUCUAGAUACAUUAAUGUUUUCUGAUAUAUUCGUUAAUGUAGGUAGGACAUAUCGUAUAAUUGUAAAUACGAUAAUGAAGUACAACCACGAAAAGACGUUAAUACAGUAUCCCUUUCUUUUCUGUGUUCAUUGCAUUCUGUCUAGGUUUCUUUCAUAUCCCCGAGUCAUAAGGGACCAUACUCUAUUAAUUUGGAUAACGUAUUCCAAUGGGUCACUAUUUUGAACCUCGUUUGACAAUUGGCAAAUAGAUUGCUAACAUACUACCAUAUAUCCUGAUAUUGUACUGGAGAAAUUAUCUGUAUCUAUAUUUCUAUUGUAGUAUCAUCUUUUGAGGUAUUUGGUAUUGUAGUGUCUAUGACGUCAGACGUUUUCCAGUCGCACGCCCGGAAAAAAAUAUACUUGGUAAAAUUCGAUACCGCAGUUCAAUCUAAACUGUGGACAGUAUCUCUGUAUUUCUCAGUAUUUGUCUCACGGCGGCGCAUAUUACCAGAAGCCGAUAUGCACUAUUUACUAUUUGAAUAGCCUCAGGAGUUAUCUUCUAUGAACAUACUAUUGAAACAUACUAGUUAUCCAUUGGUAAAAGUUUUUUAGAUCUUACGCGUGAAAUCCAAAUAUUCUAUAAAUCAUCGCGUGUUGAAAGAAAAGGCAUCGACUGUAUCUGCAAAAGAUUCUUAAGUCGACAGGAUGCAUUUCUUUAAAGCUAUACCAUACCCAAAUUUCCUUUUCGAAAAACUGAACAAUUACUAGAGUCUACAUAUAGUUUAUUUACACAUAGAAUAAGUUUACAUGUGUAACGGGAAAACAGGGGGUACCACUUCGGGAAACUUUACGGGUAUGUUUGUAGUAAUGCAAAAGAAUCUACUUCAGCCGAAUUGGGCGAGAUAAAGCGUAAUUUUUCUAAAAGGCUUUUAUUGUGCUUUUUCAGUGAGUAUAUGGUGGAAAGGUUGGUGUAAAUUGGUUGCGAGAUAACCUUUUAUGUGUAGCAUACCCACUCUUUGACUGUCCUCGUGUAAAUUUGUUACUUUUAUGUCAUCAGUUUUCGCAACUUACAUUUUUCGUAUGUUUCCGAUAUAACAAUGUUAGUUAGCAAUCAGUUCAGGCAUGAUGUACGCUCGUAAUUAAUGUCAGCAUUUAAUGUAUUUUUGCUUUGCACAGUACGUUCAGGUAAAAUUAUUUCUUCUCCGUCCACACAUGUAGAUUUUAUUGUGAUCAUAAACUCUUAGGGAUGUUAAUUCUAGGAUAACUAUCAGAGAAAUCGCGUAAUAAAUGAAUAAUCUAAAUGACGUUUAAUCACCUUUAUUAAGGGUAACUUUGAUAUCUGGGAUAUAGACUAAGUUAAUAAACAUUCCGAGAAAGAAUGGAGAGCAUUUUCUGCCAAGUUUGUUUGCAGUGUUUUCUUCAUACCUUUGUUGUCUUACGGGAUUAUUACGGAUGAUUUCUAGUCAACAGGUCGUUAAGGUAAUUUCUAGUCAACGAGUAUUGAUUGAUUAUAUUUUAAUAUGUCCAUGUAAUUCAUUUUGAAUGUUUGUUAAGUAAACAUGUAAAGUUAGAAAGCAUCUUCCGCCGAGUCGGGCGAAAUAAAGAAUAAUUUUAUUAAAAA